GUUAAUAACCAUUUUAUUCUUUAAAUCGACACAUUCGCUUUGUAAAUCGCCGUCGCUCCGGACCUCCGGUGCCGCCUUUUCCCGAUUACUCCUCCUUCGACCGAAGGUAAGUUCUUUGACUGCAAUCCUUGUCGAGUUUCUCCCCAUCAGUUCGGUUUCAACAACAGAAUCUGAGUAACUGAAAUGAUCACGACGCCAGGCUUCAAGCCUCGGUCUCUGGUAUACCUCCCCUCGCAAGUUUUUCCCCAGGUCUGCUUCAGUCUCUUCUCUUCACUAUCAUCAUUAUUCGAACGAACUGAUUCCAAUUUCGACGACCCAAGAACUAAUAUCGAUACCCAAUUAAGAUCUCUAUGCGAGAAGCCCAAUUCUCAGUUUGUCGAAGCGGUUUCGCUCUUUCACCGUGCUGUUGAUUUGAACAUUUUGCCUUCUGAGAUAACCUGUAAUUUCCUUGUUGAUGCCCUCGCAAAAUCAAGGAACUAUGAAAUGGCAUUUUCAAUUUGUAAUAGGAUGGUAUAUGUUGGUAUUUUGCCGAAUUUUUUCUCUUUGAGGGCUCUAAUUGAAUGUUUUGUGCACAUCCGUGAGUCCAAAUUUGCGAUUGGUGUUGUGGGAUUGGCGUUGAAGCGCGGUUAUAAUAAUUGCGUUUUUCUUAUGAAUGUUAUAUUGAAGGGUUUGUGUCGAAAUGGCGAGGUUCUGAGGGCGAGUGAGUUGUUACGUGAAAUGGGUAAAAAUUUUGUGUUGCCAGACGUUUGUAGUUAUAACACUCUUAUUAGUGGGUUUUGCAAGGAGAAGAAAUUUGAUGAAGCCGCAGGCUUAAUGGAUGAAAUGGAGGCAGCGAAUUGUUGCCCUAAUUUGGUGACUUAUGCUACUUUAAUGGACGGUCUUUGUAAGGAGGGUAGAGUGGAUGGAGCAGUAGUUUUGCUGGAGGAGAUGAAGAAGAAGGGUUUGGAUGUUGAUGUUGUUGUGUAUAGUACACUUAUUAACGGUUUAUGCAAUAAAGGAAGCGUUGACAAGGGGAAAGAACUUUUCAAUGAGAUGUUGGGAAAAGGAUUAUCUCCCAAUGUGGUUACAUAUACUUGCUUAAUGAAUCAUCUUUGCAAGGCUGGGCUGUGGAAAGAAGUCACAGAAACAUUAAAUGCAAUGGCUGAAUUUGGGAUUCCCCCAGAUGCUAUUGCUUAUACAUGUUUAAUUGAUGGGCUUUGUAAGGAUGGAAAGGCAAGAAAGGCUAUGGACUUGUUGAAUUUGAUGCAAGAAAAAGGUGAAGAACCUAGCACUGGAACAUAUAAUGCUUUACUUCGUGGACUUUACAGGGAAGGUUUGGUGGUUGAUGCUGGUAAAAUUUUGCAAGUAAUGUUGGGAAAGGGGAAGGAACCUUACAGUGCCUUAAUAAGGGAACUGUGUGACGAUGGGAAACUUGAUGAGGCAACGAAGCUAUUCUAUUAUGUCUUGAAGAAUGGCAACCAUAUUGAGCCAGAUGUUAAGACAUUUAACAUCUUAAUACAUGGGCUUUGUAGAGAACGUCAUCUUGCUAAGGCUGUGGACAUUCAUAAUAAAAUGUUUGAGAGGGGAAACUUUGUUAACUUGGUGACAUAUAAUAUGCUAAUUCAGGGGCAUCUGAAGGCAGGGAAAGUUAACCGGGCUAUGGAACUUUGGAAACAGGUGCUUGACUUGGGGUUUGUUCCAAAUUCGUUUACUUAUAGUAUCCUGAUUGAUGGAUUCUGCAAGAAUGGUAUGGUCAGUAUAGCAAAAGGACUUUUUAGUGGAAUAAGAGAUUGUGGAAUUCGUCCUAGGUUAUUUGACUACAAUACAUUAAUGGCAACCCUGUGCAAGCAGGGCAGUUUGGAGCAAGCAAGGAGGCUGUUUCAAGAGAUGAGUGUCACAGAUUGUGAACCAGAUGUCAUCUCAUUUAAUAUCAUAAUUGAUGAAACUCUUAAAGCAGGGGAUUUUCAAUCUGCUAAAGAAUUGCUCAUGGACAUGUUUCAGAGGGGUUUGGCUCCUGAUCUUUGGACAUUUUCCACAAUAAUUAAUAGGCUUUCAAAAUUAGGGCAGUUGAAUGAAGCUAAAAGUGUUUUAGACAGAAUGGUUGCUUGUGGUUUUACGCCCGAUGCCUUUGUGUAUGAUUCAUUGCUAAAAGGAUUUAGUUCAAAGGGAGAAACAGAAGAAGUCAUUAACUUGCUUCGUCAAAUGGCAGCAAAGGGUGUUGUUCUUGAUCCAGAAAUAGCUUCUACAAUCUUGACCUGUCUUUGUCAUAGCUCAGAACAUCUGAAUAUAUUGGAGCAUUUACCUACCUUUUCCCAAGAAAGGUCGAAGGGAACAAGCAUCUCAUGCAAUGAGCUGUUGAUGAAACUCUCUGAAUCUAAUCCUGAGCUUCAAUUGUGUGCUGCUUGAUAUUUUCCAUAUUCAAGCUUGCCCGCGGAUGCCAUACUGUUUUAUGCUUUGUUUUGAACGAAUUAGAGGAUAUUUUGCUUCACGCUGAUGCUACUUGCUCUCCUGUUGCAAUGAAAUGGUUUCGACUGUUUGAGUGCACUGGAAAGAUUGGGAUUACUUAGCAAGGGCCUCCUACUGAACAUGGGAAUAGCUUGCCUCCGUGUCAAGGUGUUGAGUUCUUAUGAAUUUUUUCUUUUCGAGGGUGGAGUAUUUCAAUUGGUAUCGUUAUUAGGCUAACUUUGAAGAUGACAGACUGCUCAUUAGAAAAAAAAACAAAGGCAAGGUUAAAGAAAUAGAGGCAUUCAGUCUGCCAAUUCUGCUGGACCUACAGUAGCGAUGAUGAUUUUUCUCUGCUGAUUUUGGCACCAUGGAUCUGUGGAAUCUAAGUAUCUUCAAGGUGUGGAGGAGUUGCACAAACUUCUUCUGCAUCAACAUUUUAUGGUAAAAACAAUCUUGGUACAUAUUGAAAAUUGUACCAGGACUAGCCUCAUGGUCCUCAUUGCUAGGUCCACCACCACCACUGCUAGCUGCCAUUUGACUCUUGCUGCUGCUGCUGCUGCUGCUGCAACAACUGUUGAUUCUGUUGAUCUCAGUUUCUUGAUUAAAGAAGCUGGGCUAAUGCAGUGCAGGACCGUAAAAGCUGAUAGGGUGAGUUGGCAGCUGAAGUAAAUCCAUGAUGUAUGGAUUUCUCGAAUUGAGAAAAUACAUUGACGUUAGUAAGAUUUUGUGAAAAUAUUGUUAGGGCUGAAAAUUAUUGUUCACAUUGCUAUACUUUGACGUGGUUAUCCAUUAUCUACAACUCCUAGGGUGUACGAGGUUAUUUGGAUGACAGUUCUGUCUUUGAAUUUCUCGUCAUGAAGUUUUUAUCUGCUUUUCAGUUCAGGAAAGUGACAUGAAAUGGGCUGCUUUGUGUUUGU